UGCCACAAACGUCAGCAUGGUGGUAUCUGCCGACCCUUUGUCCAGCGAGAGGGCAGAGAUGAACAUCCUAGAAAUCAACAAGGAAUUGCGUACCCAGCUGGCAGAGAGCAAUCAGCAGUUCCGAGACCUCAAAGAGAAAUUGCUUAUAAGUCAAGCUACUACCUACUCCCUGGCCAACCAGCUAAAGAAAUACAAAUGCGAAGAGUACAAGGACAUCAUAGACUCUGUGCUGAGGGAUGAACAGCAAUUCACGGAGAAGCUGGCAGAGAAGCUCAGGAAAGCUGAGGAGCUCGGGCAAUAUAAAGCCCUGGUUCACUCUCAGGCACGAGAGCUGACCCAGUUACGGGAGAAGUUACAGGAAGGGAGAGAUGCCUCCCGCUCACUGAAUCAGCAUUUCAAGGCCCUCCUCACUCCUGAUGACCUUGACAAGUUCCAGGGUCAGGACCUCCGAGAGCAGCUGGCUGAGGGGCGCCAGCUGGCAGAGCGACUUCUCCACAAGCUCAGUCCAGAGAAUGAUGAAGAUGAGGAUGAAGAUGAGAAAGAUGAGGAGAUUGAGAAAGUACAGGAAUCACCUGCCCCCAGGGAGGUGCAGAUGGCUGAAGGAAAGGAAGUCCCUCAGGACUCACUGAAGGAACGUGCAGUCACUUGUUCAAAUACUCACGACCCAUCUGACUCCCACCAGCCUCACAGGAGCACCAAAAUCACAUCUGAGGAAGACAAAGUCGACUCUGCUCUGGUUGUAGAGAAUGAACCCUCUCAUGAUGAAGGGGAGGAAGCUCUAAACAUUCUCCCAGAAAAUCAAAAUGAUCGUGAGGAAGAACAGGGGAAUGUGCCAGUGCCCCCCAGGAACAGACAACCAGUUGAGGCACGUGAACUGACUAAACUCAGGGAUUUCCUGAUCUCACCUGUGGUCUCCCAUGUGGUUAAUCCAGAACACCAUGAUAUAUCCAACUCUUACCUGCAUCAUGAAGUCACUUUCUUGGCACUGGAUGAAGAGAAAGUUUGCUCUGCUCAGGAUGUUGCCAGGGAUUACUCCAAUUCCAAAUGGGAUGAAGCCCCACUUGGCUUCCUAGAAAAGCAAAAUAAUCUUGAAGAGGUGAAAGGAAAAGAAACAGUUGAUCCCAGGCUCAGCAGGGAACCGCUGAGGGGGGACAAGCGUGAAGUCCCCCAGGAGUCACUGGAUGGAUGUUGCUUGACUCCUUCCAUCCUUCCUGACCUACCUCACUCCUACCACCCUUAUGGGAGCACUUCGUACUGUUUUGAAGAAAAGCAAGUCAGCUUGGCUCUUGUAGACAAAAUUGAAAAGGAUCAAGAGGAGGUAGAAGAUCAAGACCCGCCAUGCCCCAGGUUGAUCCAGGAGCUACCAGAGGUGAAGGAGCAGGAAAUCCCAGAGGACUCCGUGGAUGAAGUUUCCUUGACUCCUUUAGUUCAUCGUGACCUAUCUGACUGCCACCAGCCUUAUAGCAGCACCUUGUCCUCAUUGGAGGAUCAACUUGCCUGCUCUGCUCUGGAUAUAGCCUGACCGCUUCUCCUUUCAGCUCCCACCAAGACAGCCUGUCCCCGAGGGACUUGGAGUGCAGACAUGAGCCACCACCUGUCAGAGGUGCAGGCUUCACAGGCACAGCUGGAGCCAAGGACCCUGGUGCCCAAAUGUCUGCGAAUACAGCUGGAUCAAGGGAAUGGCUUGGCCAGGCAGGGCCUUUCCUCUACCACUUGCAGCUUCUCAGCCAAUGCUGAUUCUGGGGACCAAUGGCCCUUCCAAGAGCUGGUUUUAGAGCCCUCCCUGGGGAUGAAGAACCCUCCCCAGCUGGAAGAUGAUGCACUUAAAGGCUCAGCAGACAACACACAAGGGCAUCAAGUCAUUGGCCAGAUUCACGCCUCCCGUGUCCUCAAACUGAAGAUCAUCAAAAGAAAAUUCUCAUUCAGCAAGUGGAGACUGGCAUGCAGAUUCCCUGGCCUGCAAGCUUAGAGUGCAGAGAUACCAAAUACUGCUGGAAGGAUGCAAAGGGUGAAAGGAUGUCACAAAAAGUAGCUUUUCCACUUGAUGAAAACAACUAAAACAGCAAAGCAAGUUCAAAUCCAAACACAAUACUGCAGGGGUCCUUCACUGAGGAUUGAAUUUUAGACACAGAAUACUCUUGAUGAUUUCAACCCACUAUGCUCCUUUGAUUUGAGAAGCCACAGUCCAUCCCUCUCCAAUUGUGAUCAAUGCCUAGGGAGACCAAUGCCCAGAUGGACAAACAGCAUUCACAGGCAUUAGCCCUGUUCCUCUCAAUUCCCAUCGUGUAGAGAACAGGAGUCAGGAGCUGCUAG